UUUAUUUCGUACGUCGACUUCCAAAGUUAAAAAAUUUAACUAAAACAAAAAUAUGGAACAAUCACUAAAAUUUGCUUGUGUGAUUCUAUUAUUUUUUUGUAUCAAUACAGCAUCAGCAAUUCCCUCAGAAGGAAAAGGAGUAACAGAGUGUUUGGCUGAAGCCAAAAUAACAAAAGAGGAGAUUGCUGUCCAUCCACCAAAGAACACAACCGAAGUUAUGUGCUUUUUGAAAUGCCUCCUGUUUCAAAAUGGUGAAAUCGACGCUGAAGGUAAAAUCAACGUUGAAGAAAUUGAGAAAGAUGUGUCAAAAGUACCUAACCUCACCGAUAAGCAAAAAGAAGACUUUACAAAAUGCGUACUUUCUGCAGACAAGAUUGAGAAAUGUGAAGACGUACAAAAAAUAUAUCCGUGUUGGUCGGCACAUGAAAAGAUCUUUAAUGCAGAUGGUUUUAAAAGUGUUGCAUAAUACAAAUUAAUUAAUUGAAAUCAAGUCAUGAAUAUUUUUAAAAUUUAUAGAUUUAUUUAGUUAGUGAAUUCUGGUUCCGUAAAAUUGAAGAAUG